AUGCCACUUUUGGUUUCCCCUAAAAAGCAUGGCUUCAUUCAAGGGAGGAAGAUUCAUAAUUGCAUUGCUCUUACUUUGAAAGCUAUAAAUCUUCUGGAUAUUAAAGUUUGGUGUGGUAAUAUUACGCUUAAGGUGUACAUCGCUAAGGCGUUUGAUGCGAUUAGCUGGUCUUUUCUUCUGGAAAUUAUGAAAAACUUUAAAUUCAAUCCAUAUCCUACACGUGGAUUCAAAUCAUUCUCAGUUAUACUCGUUAAUCCAUCUUUGUUAAUAGAGCUUCUCACGGUUUCUUUAAAUGCACUAGAGGAGUCGACCAAGGGAGACCCGUUAUCCCCUUAA